AACAACAAUAACGCCACGCACCACCACCACCACCACCACCAAGAAGGAUCAGGAUCAGGGUCAGGACCCCAGGACGUCCUCUUCUUGCACAAUAGAAAAACGGAAUCACACCGCACGAAAACGAUAAAAUCCUUCACCAUAACUUCUUUUACGAAACCACCGUCACCUCCUUUGUCUCCCGCCCCAGGCAUGGAGUCAUCGGAAAUCCGAAGGCAGAGCGAAGCCUUGCCAUCCAUCAACUAUGCAGAGUACGAACGUGCCGCAAGGGAUGGAGCUCAAUAUCAUCAGCGGCAUGCUUCGAACCCUCGGCCAAGCUUGUCCGCCGCCUCUCCCAUAAGCCCGACAACGAUGUUUGGGCCUUUACCCCUCCAGAGCUAUCCGCAGCAGCCGACAAAUGGCAUCCACACGCCCCCCGAAUCACGUAGGACCUCCGAUGACGUGCCACCACCGCCACCGCCGCCACCGAGUAGACAGUCCCUUCCGUCUCUACAUGAAGCGCUCUACGAGAAAGGAGGAUCGUUUUCGGCGCCACAGACACCGCCCAUUGGAUCCGGGUCCUUCUCUAUUCCGCAGCCUCGGACGAACUCGAUAUCAAACUCGAUGUCUCGAGGCGGGCCUUCGGAACCUGGGCUGCAAUCGCAUCCCCCUAGCCAGCCACUGACACCUCAUGGUUACGUUCCUGCUUCGCAGCCUUCUGCUCAUGCUCCCCAGAUUCCUCCCCCGCCAAUGCCCACACAUAGCCACGAACCGCCGUACGGCCGCCACGACAGCCAAAGCAAUGGUCGCUCGCUGCCACCAAACCCAUACUCGCAAGCGCAGCCCCCUCCUCCUACCAUGCCGCCGAUGCAUCCUUCGGAGUCGUACCAACCACCACCGCCGCCGCCGCAGUCGCAAUCAGCCCCGCCGCACCACUCGCAGUCGCCGCCUUAUCAGUCGCAUCCGCAUUACCAACAUGCUCCUCCUCCCAGCCAGGCGCCGCCAUCACAUUACCAGCCUUCAGCUCCAUUCGGCAAUGGCUCCGCUCCACCACCGCCGCCACAGCAGUCGACACAAUACCCGCCAUACUCACAAGCGUCGCAUCACCACCAUCACCAUCACCAUCAACAACAACACCCAGCGCCAGCGCCGCCUUCAGCUCCUCAACCGCAAAAUCAGCCUCCAUAUCAGCCGCAGCACGCUCAACAGCAGCCGCAACCGCAACCGCAACAGUCUGGAUAUCCGUUUCCGCCACCCCAGACGGAGGCACCAAAAGGCAUCAAACGUCCGAGCGGAUAUGGCAGCGCUAUCGAGAGGGCACUUUCGAUAUCCACAUUAAGACGCGACAUGGAAGCGAUUAAAGAACAUGCGGCGCGGAUAUAUCAUAUCGUUGACCAGUACCAGAUGCUAAGCGCUGGAGGGCAACAACCAUACCCUGGCGGGCUGCACGCAUCGCUGAGCGAGUUCAACGAAGCGCUACAGCGCUCGCACAGAACUACGGAGGCUCUCAACAAUUGCCAUCAGGUUUUCCAGGAUCUCUCCAACAGGGAAGUUGCGGAGCAGAACAACCACAAGAUGAGCGUCGUUCAUACGUCAGAGUAUGGCACGGAUGAUGGGCAAGCUUAUCAGGAUGAUAAUCGGUCAAACGGGUCGCAACAACCGGAGAAGAAGAUGAGGCGAGGCCGAGCUGCUCCUCCCGGUCGUUGUCACAGUUGCCACAGAGCGGAGACUCCGGAAUGGCGGCGAGGCCCUGAUGGUGCCCGAACAUUGUGCAAUGCUUGUGGAUUGCACUACGCCAAGCUUACGCGAAAGCUCAGUAAAAACCCGGCCGGGCCUGGAGCCCUGGCAGCCCGCAAACCGAAUUCACCUCUUCCAUGAUGACACGGCUUGCGCAUCAUUUGACGAACGAAGAGAAAUUUGCUUGGGGUUUUGGAUUCUCUCCCCAGCUCGCCAGGUGCUGCACUUGGGGAAUCUACUUGCUUGUUCAUUCAUUCAUCAUGGGGUUUUCUUUCGGAGUGGGGUUAGGGGAUGGGGCGUUUUUCAUGAUUAUGGUCAAUCUUCUUUUUU